CGGCCUGCGUCAAAUCGCUAGGUUACCAGUGCGGCGCCCGAGCAGUUGUCCCGUGCGAAUCAGUUGUCUGCCGUUUUCCUCCUUUCUUUUCCCGAUUUUUUGCGUGACGAUCAUGAGUGAGGAACCGAACGUAUCGCCUGAGGUCGUCGAGCAGGCCGAGAAGCUGAAGAACGAAGCAAAUGAUUACUUCAAAAAACAAAACUACAACACAGCAAUAGAGUAUUACACCAAAGCAAUAGACCUUAACGCAACGGUCGCCGUGUAUUUUAGCAAUCGGAGUGCUGCUUACCUUAAAACAGAAUGCUUUGGCUAUGCACUCUCAGAUGCAUCCAAAGCUAUUGAGCUGGACAAUACCUACAUCAAGGGCUUCUAUCGCCGCGCCGCUGCUCACAUGUCUUUAGGCAAAUUCAAGGAAGCACUGAGGGACUUUGAAUAUGUGACAAAAGUGCGUCCAAACAAUAAGGAUGCUAAACUGAAGUACAAUGAAUGUAACAAAAUUGUUAAGAAGAUUGCAUUUGAGAAGGCAAUUGCAGUGGAGCACAACAAGAAGAGCAUUGCUGAUAGUAUAAAUUUAGAUUCUAUGACAAUUGAAAAUGACUACACUGGUCCUGAAUUGGAGGAUGGUAAAGUUACCCUUAAGUUUAUGAAGGAGUUAAUGGAAUUGUACAAGAGCUGUGGCAAGUUGCACAGGAAGUAUGCAUUUAAGAUAUUACUGGAUAUAAAGGCUUACUUCAUGGAGCAGCCUUCACUGGUUGAUGUGCCUAUUGGAGAUGAUGAUAAGUUUACUGUUUGUGGUGAUAUCCAUGGACAAUACUAUGAUCUCAUGAACAUAUUUGAAAAGAAUGGACUGCCAUCAUCUACAAAUCCCUAUUUGUUUAAUGGAGAUUUCGUCGAUCGAGGUUCGUUUUCCGUUGAAUGCAUCUUCACUCUUUUCGGUUUUAAGCUUCUGUACCCCAACAACUUCUUCAUGUCGCGCGGUAAUCACGAAAGUGCUACGAUGAACCAAAUGUACGGCUUCGAGGGCGAGGUUAAGGCGAAGUACACCUCGCGUAUGGCCGACCUCUUCACAGAGGUAUACAACUGGCUGCCUUUAGCGCACUGCCUCAAUAAACGCGUGCUGGUUAUGCAUGGCGGAUUGUUUAGUCGUGACGAUGUUACGCUGGAGGAAAUUCGUACUAUCGAACGCAAUAGACAACCGCCUGAUGAGGGCCCCAUGUGCGAAUUGCUGUGGAGUGAUCCACACCCACAGGAAGGCCGCGCGCCGAGUAAACGCGGCGUGGGAUGCCAGUUUGGACCGGACGUCACCAAGCGCUUCCUUGAGCUGAACAAGUUGGACUACAUCAUUCGCAGUCAUGAGGUUAAGAAAGACGGUUACGAGGUGGCGCACAAUGGAAAAUGCAUUACUGUGUUUUCUGCUCCAAAUUAUUGUGAUACAAUGGGAAACCUAGGAGCAUUUAUCGUUCUGAACGGAAAGGAAAUGCUGCCUCAAUACACCACAUAUGAAGCAGUUCCUCAUCCGGAUGUGAAACCAAUGGCCUAUGCGUCCUCACUGCUCAGCAUGAUGUGCUAGUACCCACACCGCAGCACAUCGUCCUUUAUUUAGGUUCAUAGAUCAAUUGCAUAACAACUAAUUUCCCAAAUACUUAGUCGCAAAUCGUGUUUAGCCCGAGAUGGCCAUCGUCGGUUUGUUUGUUUUGUUUUUCUUUGUUUUUUUUUUGUUUUCUUACGAAAAUCUCCGGUGAUCAUUCUAUACGUCACGUACUUUCGUAACUGAUACGGAAUUACUAAAACCCCAAUGAUUUAAAUCACAGAUGAUGAAUUUAAUUACUUGAUUAAUUCAUAACGAAAAGUCAAUAGUGAAUUGUGAAGGUGUGAAAAAUUGAGUUAUGGGUACUUUUAGGACCAACUACGAGUAUAUCACGAGGUAUCAACUAAAUGAAUAUUGUUAAUAUGCAUUAAUACAUUAUAUAAAGAACAUUUUAGACCAUA